CCGCCCUGCCGCCGCCGGCGUCGCCAUGGACCCGUCGGGCUCGACUUGCUCGAUGGCCGACACGCCUCGCCUGCUGGUGGAGGACUCGCAGCCGGAGCCGGAGCCGGAGCGGGGCGGAGAGGCGCUGAGCCCGGUCCUGGAGCCGCCGCCGCCGCCGCGCUCGCUGGUGUGCCCGGAGGCCGGCGAAGUUCCACCUGCAGACCAAGAUAAAGCCGGCUGUCGUAUAGUAAGGAAACCCAGCAGUGAUUCUUCUGAAGGUUCAAGCUCCGUGUCCAGCCAUGUCCCUGGAAUAAUGCAGCCCCAUAAAGAAACUCCCGAGAGCCCAGUGUCUGCCUGCCUCCUCCUGGAGAGGACACCGCCAGUGAAGAACCCUCAUCCUUGGCCAUUGGAGGAGGUUGAGCCUGUCUCUUCUACGCAGGAGGACAUGUUUGGCCAGAAUAGCUCAACAGCUCCAGGCAGACUGGAAGAGGCCAGUUCCCCAUCAUCCACUCCAGCUGAUCCUCUGCGCGUCCUUCAGCUCUCUGGACAAGGGCCUCUCUCCAAUUGUGCUUCAGGUCUUGCUAGAACAACUUCUGAUGUCUUACAACCAGUGCCUUUUAUUCUUCCCAGAAGCCCAACUGAACAGGAGGCAGGAGGAAAGCAGGAAAGCCCACCGUUGGAGACUGCAGGCACCCUUCAGGGCUCUGUUCCAGUUUCUCAAGAUGCUUUUGUGCUGCCAUCCCAGCCCGAGUUCUCUCACGACCCCUUUCUCCCCACUCCAAGCCUGGAGGAAGGCUGUAAGACAGGAGCCGAGAAAGGAGGAGGAAGUUCUGCAGAGGCUUCCCUGGCGGAGGCUUCCCGAGAGGACGACUGUGUUUUGGCCCUCUCGGCCAGUCAAGGCAGUCAGGGGACCCCAGCGGAGGAGGGGAAGACCCCUGGCCAUGCUGCUUCGCGUGCGUUGGAGGAGAAGCUUCGCUUGCCUGAGGACUGCAGUGAACAGGAGGCUGAGGAGGAGGCUUCCCUUGGUGACCCUUGCAGUGACCUUGGCCAUGAAGGCAGCGGGCCAAGCAGGGCAUCUUUGCUCCCGGAGACUCCCUGUGAAAAGCCAGAAGAAGUCACGUUGCUGGAUGAAGGACUCUCCCUUCGUCUGACGAUUUCCCAAGCCGUAGAGCAAGCAGAAUGCUCUGCAGUUAGGGAAGCCUUUCCCCCAAACGAUCCACAGGUAACUGGCGAGUCAGGAAAGGUAGAGCAAGGUCCUCUGGAUCAUCCCAGCAAGGCUGGGCUGGAAGCGCAGAGCCUGAGUCGGAGGGUCCAUCCUGGAAUGAUGCUGCAACAGACCGAUUCUGAGCCCCGACCGGAGCAGGGGAGCAGGCAGUCCCAGAGAAGAGCUGGUAGUUUUCCUGGAGAGAUUCUGCAUGCCCAGGUCCCGCCAGAGCCGCCCUUUUGUCUCCUACUGGCGAAAGAGAGAGACGCCCUCACCCCGCCCCUGGUGGGCCAGCACAAGAAAGGCCCCAGGCACAGCACCCCCAUCGUGGUGGGAAGCGAUCCAGAGCACCCUGCGAUUGGCCCAGAGGGCAGAGACGGCGUCUUGGAGGGGGCUGGCUCGGCUGGCAUUGCAGCCAUGGAGGAGAGCCCCCAAGGGAGUUCUGUGGUGGCCUGUGAAGAGGAAGAGGACGGGGGGCUCUCCCUGCGUAGGAGCCUGGUGACCCCCGUGAUGGAAGAGAGUGACGAGCCUCUGCCUUUCAGCCUGGAGAAGCCUGAAGGCAGGGAAAGGACGAACGGGCUGGCCACCGCAACCAGUCCCAGUUCUCAGAAGACGCCGUCGGUGUUCGCUCGAGUCUGUGGCCCCCUCCCUGAAGAAAAGGCUCCGGGCCCAGGACAGCCGUCCCCCCUGUUCAGGGGUGACUUGUUCAAUUUUCCAAGUUCCCAAGAAGAAGAGGAGCCACCACGGACCUGGAAGGAUCAGCAGAAGUGUGUCUCCUUGGGUUGCAGACAAGUCCCAUCUUCUGAGCUGGGGGCUAAAGAGCAAGCAGAAGGCUGUGCUGAAGUGGGAGGAGAGGCCAUGGAGGUGGAGGUUGCCCUGCUGCAGCAAGGGGAGAAGGGGCUUGGGGGCACCCCAGAAGACAAGCCCGUCCCAGAGUCCGGAUCCAGCCAUGGCAAGAGCCCCCAGGUUCCAGGGGAGCGCCAGGGAGGCCCCAUCUCAGCUGCCACGCAGACGGCCUCUGCCGCUCAGGUGGAAGUGGGCACCAGCACCGCCUGCCCUCUGCUCCUCCAGCGCAGCGCCAGCGUGCAAACAGAGCGGGACUUUAUGUGGCGGCCCGGAAGCCCCCCAGAGGCCUCGGCCAGUCAGAAGGAGGAAGAAUUUGAACUGCCCCACCCACCAGCAGGUAGAGUCCUACAGCGCCAUGUGAGAACAAUUCGGGAAGUGCGCACCCUCAUAACACGUGUCAUCACAGAUGUUUACUACAAAGAUGGCAGCGAAGUGGAACGACAGGUGGUUGAGGAGCGAGAAGAGCCCCACGUGGAUUGCUACGAGUGCGAGGUGGACGUCUCUCCUUCCCGGACGGGGGACUUUUCUCCGACCUCCGGAGACCUUGGAGACCUCAGCUCCUUCUCCUCCAAGGCGUCGGGACCUCAUCAGACGUCCAGUGGAGGAAGCAGUGCUCCGUCCGCCACUCGCAGCCGCCUAAACUCUGCAGGCCCACGAAGAGGCUUUCAAGACUCGGCCUUGUCCACGGCCAGGAAGCCAAGCCCAAAGAAAGGGACCGGCUUCUGCCCAGCCCAUCGUGACCACGGCAAGGCCGCCGUGGGGGACGAGGCGGGAGACCCUGGCCCCAGCAACCAGCAGUGCAGGGGCGCACCUCUCACCCCCCGUGGGCGAGGGCGAAGGGGCCGCCCCGCUUCCCGAUCCACCGGAGCAAGGGGCUCCAUGCAGGCCGAGGCAGAUCUUUCAGCCGGCGCCUCUUUGGAUGGGCAGCCCAGCCUGGGUCCACAUCUGGAGGGACGGGAGCAAGCAGAGACCCCUCGGUGCCGCAGCGGCUCCCCUGAAAUCCCUCUGCAGGAGCAGUCAAGCGCCUCUGACGAUCCCAGGCCCCCUCCCCCUGGGAGUUGCCUGGUGGGCCUCCGGGUGGUAGCCAAGUGGUCAUCCAAUGGCUACUUCUACUCUGGGACCAUCACGCAGGAUGUGGGCGGGGCCAAAUACAGGCUGCUCUUUGACGAUGGCUAUGAGUGCGACGUUCUGGCCCGAGACGUCCUCCUGUGCGACCCCCUCCCUCUGGAAACGGAGGUGACGGCGCUCUCCGAGGAUGAAUACUUCAGUGCAGGUGUGGUCAAGGGCCAUCGGAAGGAGGCGGGGGAGCUGUUCUAUUGCGUCGAGAAGGACGGACAGCAGAAGUGGUACCGGCGGACGGCGGUUAUCCUGUCCUUGGAGCAAGGGAACAGGCUCCGGGAGCAGUUUGGACUCGGCCCGUGUCAGCCGGCCACUCCUCUGACCAGGGCAGCCGAUAUCAGCCUAGAUAACCUGGUGGAGGGAAAGCGGAAAAGACGCAGCCUUGCUCCACCCAGCCCCUCCAGUGGCAGCACCACGCCUGUCCGCAAGAGCCCGGAGCCCCUUUCCGGCAAAAGGAAACUGGCCGCUGUCUCCGAAGAGGAGCAGUCCCCAGCCAAGCGGGGGCGGCACCUGGCCCUGUCGAAAACAGGAGCUGCACAUGCCAGGGAGAUGGCAAGCCCGUCAGGUGAUCACUUGGCACCUGAUCACCGAUGGGGCCCUUUGCCCCAGAACAAAACCCUUUUUUUGGGCUACGCCUUUCUUCUCUCCAUGGCAAAUGCAACAGAGAAGCUUUCUAGUCAUCCAAAGACUGCAGUGAGCAGCGAAGAAGAAGAAGAAGAAGAAGAAGAAUUAGUGGAGAGAGUACCUUACAACAAACCCUACACUGAGCUACAACUCCAAGCAGGAGGCGGUUUCAUCCUAGAAGACUUCAAUGAAAGCCAGUGCAGCGCAGCCUACGAGUGCCUCCUGAUAGCAGACCAGCACUGCCGCACCCGGAAGUACUUCCUGUGCCUUGCCCGGGGAAUCCCCUGUGUCUCCCACAUGUGGGUCCAUGACAGCUGCCUGGCCAAUCAGACUCAGAACUACAAGAACUACUUGUUGCCAGCUGGCUACAGCCUGGAGGAAGAGCGGUUGCUGGAGUGGCAUCCACGGAAAAAUCCCUUCCAGAGGCUGAGGGUGCUCCUGGUGUCUGACGAACCACAGAACUUCCUGGAACUCUGGUCAGAGAUCCUGAUGAUGGGAGGAGCCGCUUCAGUUAAGCAGCAGGAAUCCUCCACGUGGAAGAAAGAUGUGAGUUUGGGUGUGUUUGAUGUGGUGGUGACAGAUGCUUCCUGCCCAGCUGCCAUGGUGCCCUGUGCCAAAGCAUUACAGCUGCCAGUAGUAACCCAGGAGUGGGUGAUCCAGAGCCUCAUUGCCGGAGAGUGUGCUGGUUUUAAAUAUCCGAAGUAUCAACAUGAUUACGUCCCCUGUUAAAGCUCCCAUUUUGCUUUGUGGCAUUUUCAUUCUCUAGAUUUUAAACUUUUUUGUGGUGUUUGACUUAUGCAUGGUGUGCUUGUAUAUAGUUUUAAUGUGAACUUUUAUGAUAAAAUAAAUGGUGAUUUCUUAUCUUGGUCAUUAUUAUACUAUUACUUGCACCGUGGAAGGAUUUAUCAGUAAUUGCUGCCAGCCUGCCAUACUGGCCAAGGAAUUCUGGGAGUUAAGUCCACAAGUCUUAAAGUUGCCAAGUUUGGAGACCCCUGGUAUGAAUUAUAGAAUUUGUUUUCACAAUGCAAGAAGCUAUGUUGUGUGAACACAGAGAAAUUUAGUGCAGGUGCUCAUGGUACACAACACAAGGCUGGGAAUUCCAAACUUAGGCCCCCUCCCUCCCUUUUUGCAGCAGAAAGUUUCUUGCAACAAAAGUUUCAGAUGAACCUGCUGAAUCCCAGGUGUGCAAGAGGAAGUUCGUUAAAAGCAGUACAAACCAGUCUCAAUGAAUAUACUUAGAAAAGCUGAUUUGAAGAGCUGCAAACACAAGGAGGGAGCAUGUUAAGGUGGAAUAGCUACCAAAAGUUUGGUUUGCUUUCUAGAAUUUGUGAAGCCAGAACAAUUAAAAGUGCUUCUCCUGGGAUAUUUUCCAUGCAAAGUUACGGGGUGAAUGUAGGUUAGAAAAUCAGGCUGGGAGAAGAGA